AUGAAAACAUUGGAUAUUAAAAGGAAAUGUCUUCCUGAUGGACAUCCUUGUUUGGGAAAUACAUACAAUAAUCUUGGUAAUGUGUAUUAUUACCUUCGUGAAUAUGAUAAAGCACUAAAUAACUAUCAAUUAACAUGCGAAAUUUUUAAAAAAUCUCUUACAUCUCGACAUCCUUCAAUCGCAAGAGCACUAAGAAGUAUAGGUAUUGCUUAUGAAGCUAAAGAACAAUAUACGAAAGCUAAAGCAUAUUAUGAAGAAGCAUUUCGCAUUCGUCAUGCUAUUUUUUCUUCAUCACAUUCAGAUUUAAUUGAAAUUAACAAAGAUAUUAAGCGUGUAUCAUUAAAUAUAUAA